AUGGUUGAAGCUAAUGUUAUCGGUGAUGGUAUUUAUACCCCAGUCACUACUUUCUACAAGGAUGAUUAUGAAUUAGAUCUUGAUGCUCAAGUCAAACAUGCAAAUUUUUUGUAUGAUAAUGGUAUUAGUGGCGUACUUUUAUCUGGCUCAAUUGGUGAAGCUAUUCAUUUAAAUAGAGAUGAACGUUUAUCAUUAGUUAAAGCUGUUCGUGAUGCUAUUCCAGAUAAGAAUUUUAGAAUUAUUUCAGGUUUACCUUACUCAAAUAUUAAAGAUUCAAUUUUAGAAAUUGAUUUAGUCAAGAAGGCUGGUGGUGAUUUUGCAAUUUUAUUAGUUCCAGGAUUUUAUGGUUCAAAUUUAACUCAUCAACAAGGUAUUAUUGAUUAUUUCACAAGAAUCGCUGACCAAGCUACUCUACCAAUAUUGAUUUAUCAUUACCCAGGUGUUAGUAAUAAUUUGAAUGUUGAACCAGAAACUUUCAAAGCUUUAUCUAAACAUCCAAAAAUUGUUGGUGUUAAAUUAACUCAUUUCAAUUUGGAUAAUUAUAUAUUAUUAGCUGCAAAUAAGGCUGAAAAUGCAGCAAAUAACUUCAAACCAGUCACUGGACUUGGUCAAAUCUUGAUUCCAGCUUUAUCAGUCGGAGUCUUUGGUGCAAUUGAUGGAUUAUCAGGUAUUUUCCCAAAAGUUAUGGUUCAUUUACACAAAUUAUUUAAAGAAGGUCGUCAAGAUGAAGGUCUUGAAUUACAAUAUUUGGUUACUAAAGCUGAUAGAUUAAUCUUAAACUUGAAUUUAGCUGGUGUUAAACAUGCUUUAUAUGUUUUAUAUGGGUUUGGUAAUAAGAAUGUUAGUGGAAGACCACCAUUAAAUAACUUGAUUGAUGAUAAAACUUGGGCUAAAUAUGAACCAGAUUUCAAGAAAUUGAGUGAAAUUGAAUCAUCAUUAUAA